UAAGCUGCAUGCUGCGAACAAUUAGCAACUCACAGAACCAAGAAGAGAGUGAGAGAGAUAAACAGAGAGGAAAUGGAAGAAGAGUUGAGAAACUUAGUCAAGGUUUGUAUCUCUGUCUUAAUCUCCAUAUCUUACUGUUACUACAUCUCUUCAAAAAUUCCCAAAGGUUUUGUUCGUCUCCUUUCUCUUCUUCCCAUCUUCAUCAUCUUUCUUCUCAUCCCUCUCUUCUUUUCAUCCCUCCACUUCUGUGCCAUCUCAGCUUUUUUCCUUACAUGGCUAGCAAAUUUCAAGCUCCUUCUCUUCGCUUUUGAUCAAGAACCUUUAAGCCCACUUCCUUCAAUUUUCUCCCGUUUCCUCUGCUUUACUUGUUUCCCCAUCAAAACCAAACAAAACCCUUCUUCAAACCGAAUCUACAAUAAACCUAAAUGGGUUCUUGCGUUCAAAGUUAUACUCUUUUCCUCCUUAUUACAUCUCUACGGUAAAAAUUAUCAUAACACUUUACCUCGGUUGGCUUUCUUGUCUAUCUUUACCAUCCAUGUCUACAUUGAGUUAGAAUUUAUCUUAGUCUUAGUGGGUGGUUUACUCUCUACACUUCUUGGUUGUGAAAUCGAACCGGUUUUUAAUGAGCCUUACUUGGCUACUUCUUUUCAAGACUUCUGGAGUCGUAGAUGGAACCGCAUGGUCCCAUCCGUUCUACGUCCAACUAUUCACAUCCCGGUUCAGCGAUUUACCGCGCAGUUAAUCGGUCAAAACGCGUCUUUUUACGCUGGAAUGUUGGCCACGUUUAUUGUCUCCGGGUUGAUGCAUGAGCUGGUUUACUUUUAUAUUAUCCGAAAGUCUCCAACUUGGGAAGUCACUUGUUUCUUUGUGUUGCAUGGAGUUGUAACUUGUUUGGAGAUAGCGGUAAAGAGGAUGCGGUUGUGUCCAUCGCCACAUCGAGUGGUCUCAAGUCUUGCGGUUGUGGCGUUUAUGUUCGUUACGUCUGUUUGGUUGUUUGCCCCUCAACUACUGAGAUAUAAUGUGCAUAAGAGACUGAUAAGUGAAUGUUUGUUUGUUAUUGACGUUGUCAAAGCAAUUUGUUUCGCAUCUUAA